AAUGUAUAUUUGUGAAUGUGGAGAUGUUAUAUUGGUUUCACUGGUAAAAAUAAAUAAUUGAAAUGGGUAUAUAUUUGUUCUUUGUUAAGUUGCCUAAUAAUUAUGCACAGUAAUAGUCACCUGCACACACAGAUAUCCCCCCUAAAAUAGCUAAAACAAACUAAAACCUACUUCCAAAAACAUUCAGCUUUGAUAUUAAUGAGUUUUUUGGGUUCAUUGAGAACAUGGUUGUUGUUCAAUACAGUUUUUCUCGAUUGCUUAAACACUAUAACCAGGCCUCUAAACUAAAAUUUCAAAACCAUAAACGCUAUUGGUCAAAAAGCUCACCCAUUUCCCUGAACUAUAAACACUAUUCCCUGCUUUGACACAUGACUCAAAUUUGGUGAACUGGUACUGCAAAACUCUACACACAAAUCCCUACAUUUUACAGUGCUUACACCAUGUAGUCAUGUAGAAAGCACUAGCAUGCAAUAAUGUUAACUUAAGUCAGCAUAGCUUGAGCCCAAUUAGCACACAAUUAACCAGGUGGAAACACUAGGAGUCAAAAUUUAGCACACACCAAUCAGAACCUGCGAUGGAUAGAUAAAAGGGCCAAAGUCAGCUCAUUCAGGUUUGAAACAAUGGAUCCAAAGAGAUGCAAAGGAAGAGGACGUGGUGGAGAAAGAGGACGUGGUGAAGGAGGAGGACGUGGUGGAGAAAGAGGACGUGGUGAAGGAGGAGGACGUGGUGGAGAAAGAGGACGUGGUGAAAGAGGAGGACGUGGUGAAGGAGGAGGACGUGGUGGAGAAAGAGGACGUGGUGAAAGAGGAGGACGUGGUGGAAGAGGAGGAGGAGGUGGUGAAGGAGGUGGAGGUGGAGAACGACGGCGACAAGGAAGGGGAAGAGCAAGGGCACGAAGACAGUCAGUCUCGGAUGAAAUUCGAGCCACUUUAGUUGACCAUGUCCUUGUCCAUGGGAUGACUAUGAGGGAGGCUGGGCAACGAGUACAACCAAAUUUGAGUCGCUUCACUGUUGCCUCCAUCAUCAGAACCUUCAGGGAGGAAAACAGGACACAGAGACGACCACCUGGUGGAGGCAGGUUAAGGCUUUUGUCGGAGGAGCAAGAGAGGGAACUUGUAAACAUGGUAAUUGCAAAUAAUGUAAUCCGCCUGCAAGAGAUUCAAAGGAGAGUGAUUGAGGAUGAUCAUCUUUUUCGAGGCAUAAAUGCCAUCAGCCUCUCCACAAUUGACCGCAUCCUCCGAAAGAAUCAAUUCCGGAUGAAACAGGCAUACCGAGUCCCUUUCGAACGAAACUCUGACAGAGUGAAAAACCAACGUGUGGAAUAUGUUCAGAGAAUCUUUGAGAUUGAAGGACGGCCUGUUCCCCAUGAAAUGAUCUUUGUGGAUGAGGCAGGUUUUAACCUGACCAAAAGAAGGAAAAGGGGGAGGAACAUAAUUGGCCAUCGGGCUAUUGUAAAUGUCCCUGGUCAGCGUGGGGGGAAUGUCACUAUGUGCGCAGCCAUCAGCCAACGAGGGGUACUCCACCGCCAUGCCGUACUAGGACCCUAUAACACUAUGCUUCUCCUUGCUUUUCUUGAUGGUUUAAGACAACAUAUGUUCCAGCUGGACUACAGGGAACCAGCACAGCCAGAGCAGCCUCACUACGUUGUUGUGUGGGAUAACGUCAGCUUCCAUCGCGCUGCUCUGGUUCGUGACUGGUUUACCAAUAACCCAAGGUUUUCUAAUAUCUUUCUGCCUGCAUACUCCCCCUUUCUAAACCCGAUAGAGGAGUUAUUUUCGGCAUGGCGGUGGAAAGUGUAUGACCGAGAACCUUAUGUCCGUGUUCACCUCCUUCAGGCCAUGGAAGAGGCCUGCCUAGACAUAUCAGUAGAUGCAUGCCAGGGGUGGAUCAGGCAUGCAAGAGGAUUUUACCCCCGCUGCCUGGCUGGGGCCAAUAUAGCCUGUGAUGUGGAUGAGAUUCUCUGGCCUGACCCAGACCAAAGACAAGAUGCUGUGGUGGGAUAAUGUUUCUGGUGUGUGUUGUACUGUAUAGUACAUGAAUGACAAUGUGCCACUGUACAUACAUUGGUUGCGUCUUUUGUGUUUAUCAUGUGACAAGGGUUUUGAAGGGGAGAACCAUAAGCAACCUAAUUGUUUUGGAACUAUUGUUUUGAAUUAAUUGUACCAGUGUGCAAAACUCUGUGGUUUUUUACCAGUGUGUGUGUUUUUGAGGGCUUGUGUUUGAUGUCUGAGGGCAAAGUUCGGUUUUUCAGCAGGAGUGAAUAGUUUUGGGUGUAGAGCUUCAUUUUGACCUGGAAAUAGGAUGUUUGGGGAAUUGAGUGAGAUGUUAUGGAUUUGUGUUUACUGUUGUGCGGAUAUGAGGCGUAGUUUCAAGAAAUGUGUUUUAGCAAUCGAGAAAAACUGUAAUUGCAAAAUCAUACUUGCUACUCUUACACAACAAAACAUUUAGUCACGACUGAGUCUUUUUUUUUUUAACCAUUAGUGCUUUUACUUCAGUAAAGUGUGUGGACAUCUCCGUCACCACCUACAGCACAAACACUGUUUUUUACAAGUUGGACUGUUAGAAAAUACUAGAGUCUUCCUGUGGUGUCAGGACAAACAUGAAGAGCUGUGAACAUUCAGAGUGAGGAGGUUCGGUUGGUGUGAAAACAACAAGCAUUCUCAGUGAAUUUGAGUGCAAAACUGUAAACUUGGUACGUAAUGACGAUUAGCCCUCAGUUUGAGUCAUGAGACACAGCCAUGACCUCACAGUGUAUUUACAAUCUUGAGUUAAAAUCAACAAAUAACAGACGCCACAAACUCAGAACGCUUUAACACGUGCGCUUUUCUUCACGCUGAUGGAAACAUGUAGGUCUCUGUUUCAGCCCUGGUGGACCAGGACGCUGCAGAAACGCCUGGAUUUAAACUGGAAUUCUGAUACGCUCUGGCUGUCUUUAAAAAAAUAAGAGUGACAGCAGUACAGCGAUACUUUUUAAUGACUGCUCCUUAUUUCACUUAAAAGUUUUAGAAACAUCUAGUUUUGCGUAAUUACCCUAAAAGCUUUUUUCCUGUGGAGUAUUCACUACACACUGUGUCAAAAUCGCAGGUUAUUUCUGAUUAAAAAUCAAUUUAAAAAAAAGAAGCUGCCCAAAGUGAAAACACACCAACUACACUCUGCAAUAAAUAUACUGUAUGCUUAACAGCUACCUGAUCUAAAUAAUUACAAUGAUUACAAUUUAAUAUACUAACCUUUUCUGUUAAAAUACCUUAGAUUUGAGCUUUAAUUGACAUAUCAUGUGUUUCUAACUUCUUUUAAUCUAAGCUCAACUCCUCAUAUCCAAAAUACCAAAAAUUCCAGUUUGGGCCUUUCUCCGAUCAAACUCUCUGAGGUGUAAAUACACAGCUGGCUUCAUGAGAGAGAACUGAAAAAAAGAAUUUGUGUUGGAAAUGAGCUCUAAAUGAAAGCAGAGCAGUUGAGCUUUCUUUCAUGCUGAGAAACUAAAUACAUUCAAAAGUGACGUGGAUGUGUGGUUUUUUUUUUUGUAG